AUGAGCUCACCAGCUUCCCCGCCAAAUACUGUCGAACUUGACGCGCUCAUUGUGGGAGCCGGCUUCGGUGGCGUCUAUCAACUCAAGCAUCUUCGAGAUGAAGGCUAUAAUGUCAAACUUGUCGACUUCGGGGGAGACUUCGGUGGCGUGUGGUACUGGAACCGCUACCCCGGCGCCAGAGUGGACAGUGACAUCCCCCAAUACGAGUUUUCUGACGAGUCUCUCUGGAAGGGCUGGCAGUGGUCCCAGCGCUUCCCCGGCAGUGCAGAGAUUCGGGAGUACUUUGCCUAUGUGGCGGAUAAGUGGGAUCUGCGCAAGGAUGCCGAGUUCGGAGUCUUUAUUGCUGGAGCCACCUGGGACGAAGAGACGUGUAAGUGGACAAUUGUCAGCAAAUGUGGCAAGCAGUAUCGCGCCCAGUUCUUCUUGCUCAACACGGGUUUCGCGGCGAAGAGAUACACCCCUGACUGGGAGGACAUCGGCAAGUUCUCUAACUGGUUGCACCCGUCGUACUGGCCACAUGAGGAGCCAGACUUGCGAGGAAAGAAGAUAGCCGUCAUUGGCACAGGGGCGACGGGAAUCCAACUGGCGCAGGAAUUGAGCAAGAUUGCUAGCGACCUCGUACUAUUUCAGCGCACGCCUAACCUGUGUCUCCCCAUGGCUCAAGUCGAGUACCAGGGAGGGGAGCAGGCGCGACCCAAGGAGCAAUACUCGGGGUUGUUUGACAGACGACAGGUAACAUAUGGUGGAUUCUUCUUUGACUUCCUCGACCGUGCGACUUUCGACGACACCCCGGAGCAACGACGGAAGACAUAUCAAGAGCUCUGGGAUAAGGGAGACUUCCACUUCUGGCUGGCCACGUACAAUGACAUGCUCUUCAAUGCGGACGCUAACAAAGAGGCUUAUGAUUUUUGGAAGGCCAAGGUCCGCGCGCGCAUCCGAGACCUCAAGCUCCAGGAGAUCCUCGCCCCCGAUAUCCAGCCCCAUAGCUUUGGUUGCAAGCGCGUUUCGCUAGAGAAUGGCUUCUACGAGAUUUUCAACCAGCCUAACGUGUCUUUAGUGGACGUCAAGACCACGCCUAUCGUCAACGUCGACGAGACUGGCAUCAACACCACCGAGAAACACUGGGACCUGGACUACGUGGUGUGUGCCACGGGGUUCGACUCCAUGACGGGUGGCCUGACGCAGAUUGAUAUUCGUGGGGUGUCAGGCCAAAGCCUGAAGGAUAAGUGGAAGUCUGGCGUAAAGACGUACCUGGGCAUGACGGUCGUGGGUUUCCCCAACAUGUUUAUCACGUACGGGCCCCAGGCCCCGACGGCGUUCUGUAACGGUCCGACGUGCGCCGAGUAUCAAGGCAACUUCACAAUCCGAACGUUGAAUGCCAUGAAGUCCAAUAAUUUCCGACGUAUCGAGCCCAAAGCUGAUGCUGAGGAGAAAUGGGUUGAGAAGAUCCAUGAUCUUGCUGAUGCAUCCCUCUUCCCCACAGCCAAGUCGUGGUACAUGGGAGAUAACAUUCCGGGCAAGACGCGUGAGUGUCUGGUGUAUCUCGGAGGCGUCCGGACAUUUCUUGAAGCCUUGAAUGAGGAGGCAGAUGCAGGCUAUCCAAACUUUGAGAAAGGACAGUCGCUGUGA